AUGGAACCGGAGCGGCCCAAGGAGAAGGUGCCGAUCCCUGGUGCAGACGGCUGGCUGCGAGUUACGACGACGCAUGGAAAUGUAUUUUAUGCACAGAAGAAGACUAAGCGCUCCGAAUGGACGAUUCCAGACGAGAUUCGCGACCAUGUCGAGGCAAUGGAAGCUUCCAUGCAACAAGAACGACACGCGAAACGGGCACGAACCGAGCCCGUAACCGAGCCCGUAGACGUUGUCAAGGAGGAAGUGAUUGUUGCUGAGCCUGUGCCGGAUCCAGAACCCGUUGUCCCCGAGCCUGCGCCCGUUGCACUUCCGCCCGCGCCGGAUCUGUCGUUCGAAGAAGGGCGUGCUUUGUUCAUGGGAAUGCUUACAUCCUUGAAUGGCACGCCGUCUGAAGUGAAUCCUAUGGCACCAUGGGAUCAAGAACUUCCGAAAUUUGUACAUUUGCCGGCAUACAGCUCGCUCCGAAGCUCGCGCGACCGCGAAGAUGUGUUUAAUGAAUGGUGCAAGUUGAGGCUGCGUGAGAAACGCGAAAAAACGACGCGGCGUGCCCCUGCCCCUGCCCCAACACAUCCAUCGGAUUGUGAGCGGCAGCUGCGCUCGUUGUUUAAAGAGCAAAUCGUAUCUUCGCGAACGACGUUUGACGAUGCAAAAAAACAGUUUGGCACCGAUCCGCGAUUUACCGCUGUACAAAACCCAAAGGCUGUAUUCAAUACAUGGAUGCAGGAGCUCGUGGAGAUCAAGCGCCGCCUGGCGCGCAAUGCAGAUACAGCCUUUGCAGCGCUACUGACCGAGCGACUUCUUGAACCCGCAUCGCUGCUUGGCGAGGAGGGAAUCCAAGGGGAACCAGACAAGGACCAGGCAGCCCAAAUCUGGCUCAAGGCAAAAAAGACACCGGGACUUGUAGAGGAUAAGCGGUAUGAUGCGGUAGGCAGUGCUACGCGACGUGCCGCUCUUUUUGCUACAUGGCUACGUGACGGGGUGCGUGUACAGACAGCAGUGGAACAAGCGCCACAAGAAGUGCCGCAGGCCAAGGAGAGCGAGUCGUCCGAGGAACGCAGACAACGCGCGCUGCAAAAUCGGCAAGCACAAGUGCUCCGGGACCAGACGCGUAUGCGAGAGCGCAACCGCGCUGCGCGAUUUGACCUCGAUAGUGAGCGACGGUACGUAUUCGCACCCUCUGACCCCAGCGAAACCGAUUUCCGCCAGCUGUUGCUGGAUGUUGUGAGCGAUCCAACGCUGACAUGGGAAGAUGCUCAAGGCCUCCUGUCGCGCGACGAUCGAUUCCGUCCAGCGGCAAUGCGCGAUACUCUCCAGGACGAGCAAAAGGCACAAUUUUUUGCGGAGCACAUUGCGCGGCUCCAAAAUAAGAAACGUGAUCAACUCGCGCGGCUCUUUAGCAAGCAUACCAAAGAUGAGCACGGCAGGGAGCGUCUCGAUACGGCCAUGGACACGGUGCUCGCCAAUAUCCGUACGGACGAGGGAUUUGACGCAGGGCUGAAACGCUUUCUCGGCGAAGAUGCAAGCGUGCAUCGGAGCCGCACUACGACACUAGAGCGCGAGUAUGAAGCAUGGGAUGCCUGGCGACAGACUUGCGCGAAAUCCGAGUUCCAGGAUAUGCUCCGCGAAAACGCCUUUGUUACGUUUUGGGGCGGAUUACGCAAGGAAAAAGAGCAGCACACCGAGCAGCCCAGCGGUGCGGAGCCAAUCCCCGAAGAUGAAGAGGCGGAUGAAGAGGCUGUCUCUGUGCUGGACAUGGCCUCCAAUGUGGAUCUACGUGAAAUGGAAUCGGUACUACGGGUAUGUAUGAAAAAGCGCGAGAGCUCAUGGCAGAACGACAAGCGCUACCAGAUUUUUGCGCAUCGCCCCGACGAGCGUACAGAAUGGCUCAAACAACAUCUGGCACAGUUAUCGGUGCCUAAGCGAACAAUUCAUCAAAUGCAUAUAGACAGAUAG